GUUAUAUACUCUAUGUUGGUUAUAUACUCUUUGUUCUGUGCAAUCGUUUUGCAUUUAUAUUCUUAUUACAGCUUUUUUUUACAUUUGUCAAAAAAUAAAAAUUAUUGUAGCAUUGUUACGCAUCCAUUUUAAAUACUUAACAAAAUGUAUUCUAGUGAUGACUACAAUGAGGGGGGUUAUGAAUCUUAUGGGGACUAUGAACCGCAUACCGGAGACCCUCAAUAUGAUCUGGAUUAUGACCGAUCCUACUAUAAAAUGCCUGAUAUGGUCAAAAAAUUCCUUGUCUAUUUCCGGAACAUGAUUACUGAGGGUGUGACUUAUGAGAUCUUGAAUUUGUAUGAGAAUACUUUUCCUAAGCUCACUGAGCAAUAUUUUGAGAGUACUCCAUGGCCUGAUGAAUCUGAAGUUGCACCUAUAGUUGAUAAUGAUCAUGUAUUCAUGAUCUUAUAUAAAGAGCUAUACUACCGCGACAUUUAUGCUCGCGUGCCUGGUGGUCCUAAGCCUGACCAGCGGUUCCAUUCAUUCUACAACUACUGUGACCUCUUCAACUACAUCUUGUCUGCAGAAACACCAGUGCCUCUUGAAUUGCCAGACCAAUGGUUGUGGGAGCUGAUUGAUGAAUUUGUUUAUCAGUUUCAGUCAUUUGCACAAUACAGGUCAAGAACAUCCAAGCUGAGCCCAGCAGAGAUUGAAGCUUUGAACACAGAAAACAAAGCUUGGAAUGUUCUUUGUAUCCUCAAUGUAUUACAUUCUUUGGUGGACAAGUCCAACAUUAAACGCCAACUGGAGGUGUAUGCAACUGGUGGUGACCCUGAUUCUGUAGCAGGGGAAUUUGGUCGUCAUUCGCUUUAUAAGAUGUUGGGCUACUUCUCAUUAGUGGGCCUGUUGCGUUUACACUCUCUGCUUGGUGACUAUUACCAGGCCAUUAAGGUCUUGGAGAACAUUGAGCUGCACAAAAAGUCGCAGUACUCCCAUGUGCCAGCGUGCCAGAUCUCAACGUCCUACUACGUUGGUUUUGCGUACAUGAUGAUGCGUCGUUAUGCGGACGCCAUCCGCACCUUAUCUUCGGCUCUGCUAUACAUGCAGCGCACCAAACAGCUGUUCUCUUCACGCUCGUACCAGAACGAUCAAAUCAAUAAGCAGACUGAGCAGAUGUACCAUCUGUUAGCCAUUUGUUUGGUCCUUCAUCCACAAUGUGUUGACGAGUCCAUUCAACAGGUGCUCCGCGAGAAGAACUAUCAUGAGAAAAUGUUCAAGAUGCAGUAUGGGGACUUGGGUGAAUUCGAGAGUUGCUUUACGUUUGCGUGCCCGAAAUUCCUGUCGCCUUGCCCCCCGCCCAUCGAGCCAGGCUCCAAUUAUGGCCGUGAUGCUGUGAAGCAUCAAACCCAAGUCUUUAUGGAUGAAGUCCGCCAACAAAAAAUGUUACCAACUAUCCGUUCGUACUUGAAGUUGUACACGACCCUGCCCCUCGCCAAGCUGGCUGCCUUCAUGUCGGCAGCGCGCGGCGGCGAGCGAGACGCAGCGCGAGAACACGCUGCGCUUGCCAUACAUCUGUUGUGCUUCAAGCACAAAAUGAAGAAUGUUGUGUGGACCAAGGGCCCUAGCGGCCUUGAUGGAAAAUUCCAGAGUGGUUCUGAAUUGGAUUUCUAUAUUGACAAUGAUAUGAUUCAUAUCGCCGAUACGAAGGUGGCCCAUCGGUACGGAGAUUUCUUCAUCCGGAAACUUCUCAAAUUUGAAGAGCUCAACAGGAAGCUUCAUCAUUUUAAAAUAUAAUCAGUGUCAAAUUACAAAUUUCUAAAUAAUAAAAAAAUAUAUUUAGAAA